UCUCAUACAUUUUACCCCUCUGCAGAGGCUCUGGUCCUCAGCCGCCUUCUGGUUGAGGUUGCGCUGCAGAGAGGAUCAAUCCCCCAAGGUCUGGCUGUGACCCGGGCCCAGAAAAGACCAAGGAACGCGCUCUUCGGGCAGACCUGGACUCCACCGGCUUCCAACAACUAGUCGGGGACCGAGAGUCUUGGAGUUUUAAACAAGUGAGCGGCCCCAGAAGGACAGGGCCGGGUGGCUGGCCAUUGGGCUCGCCAUGGCUGCGCACGCCCGCCGUCUGUGCCAUGUCGCUUUCCAUGUGCCUGCCGGGCAGCCGCUAGCGAAGGACCUCCACCGCCUCUUCGGCUUCCAGCCCCUGGCGGUGCGGGAAGCAGGCGGCUGGAGACAGCUGGCCCUGCGCAGCGGAGACGCUGUCUUUCUAGUGAACGAGGGCUCGGGGCCGGGGGAGCCACUGUAUGGCCUGGAUCCGCAUCACUCGGUGCCCAGCGCCACGAACCUGUGCUUCGACGUGGAGGAUGUGGGCGGUGCCGCCCGGGCGCUGGCCGCACAGGGCUGCGACGUGCCGGUACCACCCACUAGUGUGAGGGAUGCACAGGGCACAGCCAUCUACACGGUGGUCAGCUCUCCGGUUGGUAACCUUAGCUUUACGUUGCUGCAGCGUGCUGGCUAUGGAGGAUCCUUCCUGCCCGGAUUCAGACCGCUGCCUUGCACACCUGGCCCUCCCUGGGUCAGCCACGUGGACCACUUGACCUUGGCCUGCACCUCUGGCAGCUCCCCUACACUUAGGCGUUGGUUCCAGGACUGCCUAGGGUUUCGUCACUUGCCGCUGAGCCCAGGUGAGGAUCCGGAGCUGGGCCUCGAGGUGGCUGCAGGGUCUGGGCGAGGGGGAUUACGGCUUACUGCCCUGCAGAUCCCACCUGACAGCACAGUCCCCACCCUCGUACUGGCAGAGUCCCUGCCGGGACCCACCAACAUACAAGACCAGGUAGAGCAAUUUCUAGCCCGGCACCAGGGGCCAGGUCUGCAGCACGUAGGACUGUACACUCCCAACAUCAUGGAAGCUUCUGAGGGGGUGGCGAAGGCAGGAGGUCAGCUCCUGACCCCUCCUGAAGCUUACUACCAGCAGCCCGGCAAAGAGGAACAAAUCGUAGCUGCAGGGCACAAGCCUAGCCUUCUAGAACGGCAGGGAAUUCUACUAGAUGGCGACAAAGACACGUUCUUGCUUCAGGUCUUCACCAAGUCCCUCUUCACUGAGGACACCUUCUUUCUGGAGCUGAUUCAGAGACAGGGAGCCACAGGCUUUGGCCAGAACAACAUCCGGGCACUAUGGCAGUCCGUGCAAGAGGAAGCUGCCAGGGCCCAGGGAGCAUAAUCCGGCAGGAUCCCAGGUGCUCUGAGGAGUGCAGCACAGGCCUACUGGAACUGACACACCUCCACAGGGCCACACCCCAAAUAAAGGCCAUCCGUUCUGGCCAGGUGGGGGUCUUUGUUUCAACCAGUACCUGCCAAUUCUAGCGUCUCUUACUGGACUC